AUGAAACCUUCAAAAUCCAUAACAAUUCCAACCCUCAACCUUAAAAAAUUGAGCGAGCAGAGUUUGGAGGAAAAGGAAUCGGAAUGGUUUGAAGAUACAUCAGAAGUGCUGGGAAACAUGGUUCCCCAACCAAGUAUGGGUAGUUUGAAUCACGAGGAACGCUCAUCGUUUAUAGAGGAGGGAGGUUUACAUUUUAGAGGAGAGAAUUUUGCUCAGUUACAAAGAGCGUUAGAGUUGAGGGAAUUUGAAUUGAUUAAAUCGAUUGAAUAUGGACAGAGUUUGUUGACCAGAAUUAAAUUUCUGGAUGGACAGUUGGAAAAUGAAAGGGCUGAAAAAGAAAGAUUAGAAAAGAAUUUGGAUAUGAUAGAGGAAGAGAAUGUGGUUAUGAAACAUAGACUUGAAAGCCUUGAAUUGACGAUAGAAGUUGCCAAAAAGGAGAUGAACAUUCUGUUGACACAAAGAGAGUUAGCAAACAAACAAAUUGAAGAGCUCUCCGUCCUUCCAGAGGAAAAUAAGGCCUUGUCGAAAAAGAUUGUUGAGCUUGGAGACAGAGUAAAAGAAUGUAUACUGAUCAUUGAAGAGCAAAAAGAUGAAAUUAAACACUUAAAGGAGCAUAAUGUAUCCACUUCUGAGAACGAAAAAUCUGAGGACAAGAAAAAGAAAAUGCAAGAGGCGGAGUAUAAGAGAGCCCUAUUAGAGUUGCAACAAAAAGUGGAAAAACUACAGAGCGAGAGAGAUGCGUCUCACAUUCAGGCAAGAGUGAAAAUUAACGAACUAAAUCAAAUAGUUGAAACACUGACUGAGAAAGAGAAGAUGUUGAAACGUCACUUACAACGAAUAAGCUCCUCCAACUCUCUUUCCAUCCUCAACAAACUUCGGCAGGUGAAAACAGAUUGUGAGCAUCUAAAAGAUCAUUUUUCGAACCAAAUACUUUCAAUUAACGAAGAUUUUGAGAACCUUAAGAUAUUGAUGAACGGAGCUUCGUUUCAUGAGAGCCAGGAAAUAUUGAUGUCUGGAAGAGUAUUAAGGAAUUCAACGAGUAACGAUCUUUCAUAUGCAAACCUUCAGAAAAAAAUUAUUGAGGAGCUUGGCUUAGAUAAUUUUUUCAGCUCUUAUGGCUGUUCGUCAAUACCAAAAAAGUCAGGGUGGCUGCGAGUGUAUCAGAGCAUCUGGGACCACACAAACAGAUGGGUAAAGAUUUCCUCAUCUGGUCUCUCUCUUUUUGAGGAUAACACCGAAAAGAAAUUACUGAACUGCUUUAGUCUUUGUUAUGCAAUCCUUAAAAUAAGUUCCAAAAAUGAGCUAAUAUUUGAAAUAAGUUGUGGAUAUGGCAAAGGAAGAGAGAAGGUGUUGCAAUUCACCACCAGCAGUGCUCAAGAGAGAAAUGAAUGGUGCUCGUUCAUUUCAACAGUACUCGAGCUUGUGACAUAG